AUGUCGAUGCCUAGCAGAGCGAGGGCGAAAGCUCAAAGGAGCAGAUCACAGAUCGAAUAUAAAUUUCGUUUCAAUAUUUUACUCUCUGAUCCAUUCGCUAUAUCUUCUAUCUCGAUCUACUUACUUUCGUGGAUCAUUGCAUUUGUUGGCUGUAUUACUACUGCUUCCAGUUCUCCCUCAUCGUUCCCAAUCUUCACCUGGUGGGGGCUUGUCUAUCAAUUGAUGAUUCUUUGCAUUAUGGCUGUACUAUACUGCUUCGAUGUGGUCGAUUACUACAAAACUUUCCUGACGGCAGCGAACGCAGUGGCUUUUGUAUAUAGCACGAAUAGUGCUAAUCAAUUGGUCUACGGUGAUGGAUCGAAAAAAGCUGCGGCUUCUGCGGGUCUGAUCCUGUUAUCUAUUGUGAAUCUGAUAUGGACGUUUUAUUUUGGAGGUGAUAAUGGUGCUCCUACUAAUAGGUGGGUUGAUUCCUUCUCUUUGAGAGGAAUCAGGCCUUCUCCAUAUGAAGAUGCAUUCCUAAGAGCUCGUCGUCGUUCAGGCGGUAGAGCAUUGCAAAACGGGACCAAGAGUCAAAGGUACACCAGUAAUUUCUAUCCUGAGAACUUACCACAAAAUUAUGUAUCAUCUACAGCUCUUGCUGGAUUUGAGAACACCGAUCCAUCAUACGCUUCUAACGCCCAGCUCAACGAUAUGGUUAACAUGGAAAAUAAUGCAGGAAAUAACAUGGGAAGUACCUAUAUUACUGACUCGACCAACGAUAAUACCGAUACUACGAUGAGUGGCACUUUAGAGCUAUACAGCGACGCGGGCGAUGAGAGCUUCCCUUACACUGCAAAGACACUGUACUCUUAUCAGGCUGAUGCCGGUGAUGCAUAUGAAAUUUCUUUCGACCAAGGCGAGAUUCUAAAAGUGAGUGACAUCGAAGGCCGAUGGUGGAAGGCCAAGAGAGCCAAUGGAGAGACAGGGAUUAUACCCAGUAACUAUGUGCAAUUAAUCGAUAAUGAUGUUCUGUAA